ACGAAAUUCCAGUUCGGCGCGCUCUUCCUGAGAAAGAGCUUCAUCCCUUCCAUCGCAAACGUGAACUGCGCGAAUUUCGAAUUUCAACUGUUGCAUUUCUUUCAGAAAAAGUUUUUGUUUUAUCAAUUGAGCCAGGAUUCGACCAUGGCAAAUCCAAACUCAAAUAAAAUAUAUCACAAUGUCUUGGAAGAACAGAGCAGGAGAAUUGAAGAGGAGAAAAUUAACUGUGCAAUGAAAUAUGGCAAUAGCGUCUUCAACAAAACACUAAGGCCGUUCUUCGAUGUAGAAACUCAAGGUUAUUAUUGCUUACCAACAUGGGAUGGAAUAACUUGUUGGUCUUCAGUGCCAGCAGGAACUACAGCAACGCAGCCAUGCAAUUCGCUAUCCUACAUAAAAGGAUUUGUUCUGAAUAAUACAGCGACGAAGACCUGUUUGAAAAGUGGGGAUUGGUUAAUGAGAGAUGGGGAUUAUUGGACAAAUUUCAGUCAAUGUCAUAUACAUAAUGAAACUACUGUAUUCGUUAAUCAGACCAAUAUUACAAAUGGUUCAUCACUUGAAAGAGAAUUCCUGCCACUACUGAAAGGAAUAAAGGAGAUUGGCUACCUGAUAUCUCUUAUCACAUUGUUGAUAGCUCUGGUGAUAAUGGUGACAAUAAAAAAACUGCAUUGCUCACGCAAUAUUUUACAUAUUCACCUAUUCACCUCGUUCAUACUCAGGGCCUCAAUUUUUUUGCUGAAAGAAAUAAUUUUUGUCAAUGGUGUUGGCCUGCCCUCAGAUGUUAUUGGCAAUAGAAAUGGUUUGUUUUUUAACCUCGAAUCUCAUACUAACAACUGGCAAUGUAAACUACUAACGAGCUUGUGGCAAUACUUCAUUACAGCUAAUUAUUCUUGGAUUCUUAUGGAAGGUCUCUAUCUGUAUAAUUUAAUAUUUCGUGCCUUAUUUGCGGAUUCCAGUGGAAGUGUUAUUGGAUAUGUUAUAAUGGGUUGGGGUUUUCCAUUUAUUGUGGUGUCUGCAUGGAUUGUGGGGCGUAUAUUCUUAGACGAUACUUUAUGUUGGACUAUGGCUAUGGCUAACAACAGAACCUAUCUCAUUAUAGAGAUACCUACUCUUAUAUCCAUUGUAGUGAAUCUCAUUUUUUUCUUGAGAAUAUCAAUGGUUCUUUUAAAUAAACUCAGAUCGCCCCUAAACGAAGACAAUAGAGCUUGUUACAUGAAGUGGGCCAAGUCAACCCUCGUUUUGGUGCCAUUGUUUGGAGUUAACUACGUUGUAAUAUUCGGUUUUCAAUACAUAUCAAACGAGGUUGUGCGAGUAGUGUGGUAUGUUUGUGAUGGACUGUUUGGGAGUUUUCAGGGAUUCUUCGUUGCUGUGCUCUACUGCUUCAUGAAUGGAGAAGUUAAAGCAGAAGUGAAACCACUUCUCCACGGAAUUCUACCGUUUUUAGCUAGCCACAGAAUCCUUGGGCCAUGUUUUCCUUGCAGAGAUAAAUUUCUUAGAUCGACCAAAGGCAGGAUCUCUGUAUGCACGACCUUAUCCUGUAGCUCGAUGUACGCCAAUGGUCUUAUUCAUAGUAGAGGCAAUAUUGGAAGAAGUAAAGAUCAUACUUGCCAACACACCAAACGAUUAUCGAAUGACUUGAUAUGUGAUUCAACCAAAGCAAGCGUGAAUCUAUACAACAGUCGAAAACAUAGUUUUCCGUACCGAACUGCUAACAGUGAAGAUGUUAUGGAAUUGUCGAACUUAUUUCAUUCCGAGCAGGGAAAAAAUCAAGAAUAAAAUAAUUUGCCAUGACAAAAGGUCAUGAUGCAAGAUUUUGGGCAUAUCAAUCGAAUUCAGGUCUGGAGAAAUAAUUCAACAGAAGAAAAUAGAAGACCUACGAGAAGUGAAAACCGAAGAGAAGAUAUCGAUUUCGAAGAUUAGAAUGAAAACUUUUCUAUAUUUAGAUGUUUUAUUUUUAUAAAUCUGAUUGUUCAAGUGUUCUCUUGUUCAUCUCUGUAAAUAUACGUAAACAAUUUUCAAGUAAUUCUAAUUGAAAGGUGAGAAAAAUGAGGUGAAAGAGAACAAGAACUAGAAAUUGAAGAAAAACAUCAUAGAUCAUCUCUAUGAUAUAAAGAAUCUGUUUCAUAUGAUAUAAGAUUUACAUUACUUCGUAUUAGACUGAAGACCUAAUUGUGCUUAACGAAACCAAACUGAAAAAGCUGGAAAAUACAGGUAAGAAAGUAUUUGAAAAUAUUUCUGAAUAACUUUUGUAUCUAUAAUAUUUUUGUUGGAACUGGUUGUAUUUCAAUUGUAUAAUAUUGUAUGUUAUAUGUUCAAUAAGAGUUUGUGCCAUCAAGGUAAUUUUUAUGUUCACAAAUACAUGAAUGUAAUGAAACUUAUUAAAGCAUCUACUGUUAUCAAUG